CUACACAAGGCGGAACUAAGCCGGUUUGUUUACAUAUGCGGCAACGCGAAUACUUUGUGUCGGAAAAAUGGUUUUCAGAUGAACGGGGCGAAGAAAAGCAACUGAACUGUACUUGAGGUCCUUUAGUGAACCAGGUAUCAAACUGAAUAAAUUCGGAAUCACGUCAAGCUGGGAGACAUGUUGUUCAGCCUAAGAGACGUCCACCGAAAUGUCUUCAGGCUUUCUGGUGUCUACGCGAAUAAAAACCUACGUUCAACCAAGAGAUAUUUUAGGGUUAAUAUCAGCCGCAGAUCAGUUGAAAUGAAAGAUCUUUCACAACCCAUGGCGAGUGGCUACAAACCUCGUGAUGUGGAGAGCGCCUGGUAUGCCUGGUGGGAGCAGCAGGGGUUCUUCAGGAGGCAAGGAGGGAAGGAGAGGUUCGUCAUGGUGCUUCCACCACCAAAUGUAACGGGGAAUCUUCACCUUGGCCAUGCCCUCACGUGUGCUGUGCAGGAUGCCAUAGCAAGAUGGCAUCAGAUGCUAGGUAAUGAAGUUGUCUGGGUGCCUGGAUGCGACCAUGCUGGGAUUGCUACGCAGGUGGUUGUUGAAAGGCAUCUGUGGGCCUCGCAGGGACUAACACGACACCAUUUGGGAAGAGAAAAAUUUGUUGAAGAAGUUUGGAAAUGGAAAGAGGAAAAAGGAACUCAGAUUUAUGACCAGAUGAAGCGACUUGGUGUGUCACUAGAUUGGGACAGAGCAGUUUUUACAAUGGAUGAGGUGAUGUGUGAGGCUGUUAAUGAGGCUUUUAUCCAAUUGUUUGACUCAGGCUUGAUAUACAGAAGAAAUGCUUUAGUUAACUGGUGCUGUGCCUUGCAGUCGGCAAUAUCUGACAUUGAAGUGGAUCACUUACAUCUGACAGGGAAGACAGAGGUUGCAGUCCCAGGUUAUGAAAAGCCAGUCACUUUUGGCAUGAUGUAUGACUUUGCCUAUAAACUUUCAGACACAGAUGAGGAACUUGUGGUCUGCACAACGCGGCCUGAGACAAUGCUUGGAGAUACAGCAGUUAUGGUCCAUCCUGAUGAUAAGCGCUACCAGCAUCUUCAUGGGAGCAGAGUUCACCACCCUUUUCGAAAUGAAAGCAUACCUGUCAUUGCAGAUUAUCAUGUUGAUCCAGGCUUUGGAACAGGUGUGGUCAAGGUAACUCCUGGUCAUGACCAGAAUGACUAUGAAGUGGGAAAGAGACAUGGGCUUCCAGAACUUACUGUCUUUGAUGAGCAAGGGAGAAUGACUGAUAUUGUGCCUGAAUUUGAGAACAUUCCAAGAUUUGAAGCCCGUCAGUUGGUCCUGGAAGCACUUAAAGAGCAUCAGUUAUUCCGAGGCUCUCGUUCCCACCCUAUGAUGGUUCCUCGCUGCAGCAGAACACAAGAUAUCAUAGAGCCUCUUUUGAAGCCACAAUGGUUCAUUGACUGUGAUGACAUGGCUGCACAGGCCAUCAGUGCAGUCCAGAAGGGGGAUCUGCAGAUUCACCCUGACAACCACAGGCAAGCGUGGUUUGAGUGGCUCAAGAACAUCAAGGACUGGUGUGUGUCACGCCAGCUGUGGUGGGGUCACAGAAUCCCUGUCUAUUGUGUCCAUCAUGGUGGUGAUCAAGAGACGUGGAUUGCAGCACAAUCAAGAGAGGAAGCAGAGAGGAAGUUUCUCAGGAAUUCAGGAGCCUCAGAGUCGAGCAUAAUAGCCAUCAACCAGGAGGAGGAUGUGUUGGACACUUGGUUUUCAUCCGGCCUUUUCCCCUUCGCUGUGUUUGGAUGGCCCAAAGAAACUGAUGACCUGAGACGACUGUACCCAACCACGCUUCUUGAAACUGGUCAUGACAUCCUGUUUUUCUGGGUUGCGCGUAUGGUCAUGCUGGGGGUGCAGCUAACAGGCGAACUUCCCUUUAAGAAUAUCCUGCUUCAUGGUCUAGUGUGUGAUGCCCAGGGUCACAAGAUGUCCAAAUCUAAAGGAAAUGUCAUUGACCCAACGGAUGUCAUUGAAGGCAUUUCAUUGCAGGCACUCAAUGAUCGUCUUCAUGCAAGUGCCAAAGGUGGGAUUCUGACAGCGGCGGAAGUGUCGCAAGGCAUCAAGAAGCAGACCGCCAACUUUCCUGAGGGCAUUCCCCAGUGUGGAGCUGAUGCCUUGAGGUUCACUCUCUGCACUUACAACACAAAGAACCAACUUCUGAGUAUGGAUGUAAACCGCAUGGAGCAGAGCAAGUUCCUAGGGAACAAGAUUUGGCAGACCGUGCGCUUUCUCUUGUCAGCAAUACAGAAAACUCCCAAUGGUAUGCAUAAUGCAUAUCAUGUCAAUAUUGAGCAGAGGAAUGAACUUUCCGUCAUGGACAAGUGGAUCUUGAGCCGCCUGUCACAGAUGGUCUCAGUGGCCAACAAGAACUUUGAAGCGUAUGACCUCCACCUUGUUACGUCAGGCUUCAUCACCUUCUGGCAGAAUCAUCUAUGCGAUGUCUAUUUGGAAAGCAUAAAGCCAUCACUAAGGAGUGGGAGUGAGGAAACCAAAGCAGCCUUAAUAUCCACCCUUUGGACAUGUGUGGAGGUGGGUCUGCGUGUCCUCUCACCCUUCAUGCCUUUCCUCACAGAAGAGCUGUACCAGAGGCUUCCAUGCGUAACAGGGAAGAGAGAGAGCAUCAUGCAGUGUGACUACCCACUUCAUAAUGAGUGGUUGUGCUGGAGAGAUGAAGAGUUGGGAAAGAAAGUGGAAAGUCUUCUGACAGUUGCAGCUGCCAUUCGCAACCUUAAAACAACAUACAAUAUUACACAGAAUAAAGUACAAGGUAGUGUAGUGAGUGAGGACAGUGACCUGAAUGCUUGGCUGAAGGAGAACCUGCCUGUAGUCCUAACUCUGGGAAGGAUUGAGUCCAUGAACAUAAUGGAUGCUCCGGCUUCCCCUCCAGCCACGUCUGCCAUGUCAACCCUUUCAGACACAACUGCGGUUUAUUUACACCUUCAGGGUGUGAUAAAUCCAAAGAAGGAACUGCAGAGACUGAGGAAGAAAUUCUCCAAGCUCCAGAAGGAAGAAACAAAACUCUUUGGCAUUGUGUCGGCUCCUGGAUACGUUGAGAAGUCUCCUCUGCAUGUCCAGGAAGCCCACUACAAGAAGUUGACUUCAUUGCGGAGAGAAAUGGACCAAGUACAAGAGCUCAUCAGACGCCUUGAAGCAAUGUGAGGACACCGAGGAGUCGUUAUUUUUCGCUAUUAUUAUUAUUUUUUCAUCAGUCAGAGAAAUUGUAUUAAUUACAUUUCAUUAUCACAAGUUAUCAUUAUUGUUCAUUGUUUUUUUCUUUCUCUCUUUCCAUCCACACGUUAAUGUAAAUACUGAGAAUUAGUCUGUAAUCAAUGUAAAUGAGGUGUAUGUUGAUGUAAAUAGAUUGUUUUUGUUUAUAGAAA